AUGGCGCCGCGUUCCUACUCCAAGACCGCUAAAGUCCCGCGUCGUCCCUUCGAGGCCGCUCGAUUGGACUCCGAGUUGAAGCUCGUUGGCGAGUAUGGUCUUCGGAACAAGCGUGAGGUUUGGCGUGUGCUCCUCACCCUGUCCAAGAUCCGUCGUGCUGCUCGUGAACUUCUCACGCUCGACGAGAAGGACCCCAAGCGUCUCUUCGAAGGCAAUGCCCUCAUUCGCCGUCUCGUUCGCGUCGGUGUGCUGGACGAGUCCCGCAUGAAGCUCGAUUACGUCUUGGCCCUGAAGGCUGAAGACUUCUUGGAGCGCCGCCUCCAGACUCUCGUCUACAAGCUCGGCCUCGCCAAGUCGAUUCACCACGCCCGUGUCCUGAUCCGCCAGCGCCACAUUCGCGUCGGCAAGCAGAUCGUUAACGUUCCCUCCUUCAUCGUCCGUCUUGACUCGCAGAAGCACAUCGACUUUGCGCUCUCGUCACCGUUCGGUGGUGGCCGCCCCGGCCGUGUCCGGAGAAAGAAGGCUAAGGCCGCUGAGAAGGGCGAGGAUGGCGGUGAUGAGGAGGAUGAGGAGUAAAUUCGGGCGAUUUCUAUUCUGGGAAUGGUUGGGACUGCAUGGGAUGGGCUGCGAAAACUGGUCUGGGCUGGGACUUGUGACCUCUGCGUUAUGCUCUUAUGGCGUUUAUAAGCAGGGAGUGGAAUGCAUCGAGAUUUGCACGUACGAUACAGCCUGCAGGUUACCAAUCAUCGAGACGCCGAAUACCCUCUUCCAUGACCGGCCAGUCCCUCUCUGUGCGUCAGGCGUCUGCAAUCGUCGAAUUGGUGGCAUAUCACAGUGGUAAAUCCAGAAUUGGCACACCUAGAGCCGAAAAUGCGAGUGGACUGGAAAACCGUGAUUCAGGGGUAUCAUUAUCAUGAGCCAUCUCGAGUCCCCCAUUUAUCCCACGAAUCAGCCUCCUUGCUGGCUUGCUUCCCCAUCUCUCCUGUACAGUAACUAUUUUUCACGAAGGAAUGGCAACAUGCAUAGCCCCAUUUG